GAGCGGUGAAAAUGCCGACAUUGCUAGCUUGAAGUCUCUUUGCUGUGUUUUGUCGGUGACGACGUGCAAACUUUGCACAUGUGGGUUGACAGGCGGUAUCGAAGCUUGGACUUUUUACCCACGAGCUGUGGAACUGGGAUCAAGUGUCUUGUUGCCGAUGCGGGAGAUAUCACGGAUGUUGCUCGACGACAGAUAUCUGCUUUGAGGCGGGGGAUGCACACGAGAUCCUGCAGUGGUUUUUUGGUCAAAACAUUGAGGCAAAACACGCGUACAUGCUGUGGGAAGAAAGCUGCACUGCUGCAGGACAAGAGAGCGAUAUCAAUUGCAGCCCAAUCGUUUCAAAUCGUAGAGCUUGGAUGCCUAUCACGAUACUGUUGCUGAUGAGAUCGACAGGCGGGGGCAAUCCCAUUUGCUGCAGCGUGGAUUGGCCACGGAGUUACGAAGGAGCCAGAUAUCUUCAACUUCCCCUCUUUCUUGAUCCUGGGCUCUCGCUUGUUCUACGUUCAAGCUCUGUUCUGUUCG